AUGGUGGCGGUGACCGCGGCGGCGGCGAGGGCGGCGGCGCGGCUGGCGGCGAGGGCGAGAGCGGCGGCAAACCGGACGGGGGCGGCGGCGAGGGUGGCGGCGGAGCGGGAGGCGGCGGCGAGGGCGGCGAAGACGGGGGCAAAGGAGAGGGUGGCGGCGUUGUUGGAGGCGGUGGCGAGGGUGGUGGCGCUGCCGGUGGCGAAGGCGAGAGCGGUGGCAAACCGGACGGAGGCGGCGGCGAGGGUGGCGGUGGAGCGGGAGGCGGCGGCGAGGGCGGUGGCGCGGCUGGCGGUGAGGGUGAGAGCGGCGGCAGCCCCGACGGGGGUGGGGGCGAGGGUGGCGGCGGGGCCGGCGGCGGUGGCGAGGGCGGCGGCGAGGGUGGUGGCGGCGAGGGUGGAGGGGCGGCUGGUGGCGAGGGCGAGAGCGGCGGCAGGCCCGACGGAGGCGGGGGUGAGGGCGGCGGUGGCGAAGGUGGCGGCGAGAUCGGCGGCGGUGAGGGCGGCGGCGCGGCCGGCGGUGAGGGUGAGAGCGGCGGCAGGCCGGAGGGGGGCGGCGGCGAGGGCGGCGGCGGCGCUGGUGGCGGCGGCGAGGGCGGCGGCGCUGCCGGCGGUGAGGGCGAGAGCGGCGGCAGGCCCGAUGGGGGCGGGGGCGAGGGAGGCGGCGGGGUGGGAGGAGGCGGCGACGGCGGCGGCGAUGGGGGCGGCGGCAAGCUGGGUGGACGGGGCGACGGUGGAGGCGACGGCGGUGGCGCGGCUGGUGGGGAGGGCGAGAGCGGCGGCAGCCCGGAUGGGGGCGGCGGCGAGGGCGGCGGUGGAGCAGGAGGCGGCGGCGAGGGCGGUGGCGCUGCCGGCGGCGAGGGCGAGAGCGGCGGUAGCCCCGACGGGGGCGGUGGCGAUGGCGGCGGCGGAGCGGGAGGCGGCGGUGAGGGCGGUGGCGGCGAGGGAGGGGGCGGCGAAGGCGGUGGGGCGGCUGGCGGCGAGGGUGAGAGCGGCGGCAGCCCUGAUGGAGGCGGCGGUGAGGGCGGUGGUGGCGCUGGUGGUGGCGGCGACGGUGGUGGCGAGGGCGGCGGCGCGGCUGGCGGCGAAGGCUAGAGCGGCCGCAGCCCCUACGGCGGCGGCGGCGAUGGUGGAG